AUAAACGUUAUGCGGCGCACUCGCAAUUCAUGUUUUUCUCCAUAUGAAUGUUGUAUCGUGUGAGUUGUGUGAAAAGAGAUGGAUAGUGAAUAAUAAUAGCAUCGCAAGUAUUCGGACACACAUGUGAACGUUGACUUCAAAUAUAUAGUGCACAAAACAAACCACAAAUUCAGAGUUGCUCUUAUUUCAAUCCAGUCUGUACGGCUGUCAACGUUCUCCUUUUUUUCGUUUUCGUUUUCUCCAUCAUAUCCUUGUUUGAGGAAAAGGUGGUCUUCUGCCAAAAAGGAUUUGCUGUUCGAAUCAAUUAACACCAAAUUUUUGAUUUCAUCGCCUAUUUUUCAAAUAUGAAAAAGAUCCAUCUGUCUUCUGGGUUUUCCGUACCUCAGACGAUAAUCUGUGACGGAUAGUACUGCAUCAUUUUUAUCAUUCACUUAACCCACUGAAAAUAUUAAAUAAGAAACAAAACGCGAUUUGCAUCCCAUACAUCUUUGCUUAUCUGUCAGAAUAGUGGAACCCCUUUUGUAGUAUUGCAAAGGAUAUAUUUUACUAUUUUUUCAACUUUUUCAAGUGAUAGUAGUCAGUGGUUAAAAUCAAUAUAGUACGAAUAGUACAAAUUAGUAUAUAAAAUUGAAAAAAACAAAAAAGAAUUCCAACCAUUCCGAAAGUUAAUUAUUUUUAAUGGCGUCUACCAACCUGCACCAGGAAAAUGCAAAUAAAUAUGCAUUAAAUUUGAUAAACAUUUAAUUUUUGCUCAAUCGUUUCUUCAUUUUAUUCAUUUCUCUAAAAGUAUUUGUUUUCAUAAUAGCCAUUUUUCGAAGAUCGAUUCAAUUAAAACUUUCUUUACUUAUUUACUUGAAAUCUUUUUUUGUCCACUUGUUGAUCAAGUGACGAUUUCGGUUCUUCUUUUUGUCCCUUUUUAAAAUACAAAAUCAACAAAUUAAAAUAACAAAAUGUUAGAAGCAUAUUCGACAAAUAUUCUGUGGUUAGUUAUAUUGGGUUUUGUGAUUGCGUUUAUCUUGGCAUUUGGCAUCGGCGCCAAUGAUGUUGCCAAUUCGUUUGGAACGAGUGUCGGUUCCGGUGUACUGUCGAUUCGAGCUGCCUGUUGGUUAGCCACCAUAUGUGAAGUGUCUGGAGCGAUUUUAAUUGGUUACAAAGUAUCUGAUACAAUGCGCAAAGGAAUUUUGGAAACAAGUUUAUACAAUGAUUCGGAAACUGAAUUGAUGUUGGGUUUUAUUUCGGCUUUGGCAAGCAGUGCACUAUGGUUGCUGGUCGCAACAUUUCUUAAGCUACCCAUCUCUGGUACGCAUAGCAUUGUCGGAUCAACCAUUGGAUUCAGUUUAGUUGCACGCGGAACGAACGGCAUUCAAUGGUAUACGUUGGGAAAAAUUAUUGGUUCUUGGUUCAUUUCACCCGUCAUGAGUGGAAUUAUGAGUGCUUUUCUAUUUUGGUGUAUUCGUACAUUGAUUUUGAAAGCGAACAACCCACUGAAUGCUGGCCUUAUCGCUCUACCUCUUAUAUAUGGAUUGACAACUUUUAUUAACGUUUUAAGUAUUGUGCUCGAUGGACCUAAAUUACUUUACAUGGACAACAUUACAGCACCAAUUGCUAUUGCGAUUAGUUCAGUCAUUGGCUUAAUCAUUGCCAUUGCAAUUCAAAUAUUCCUUGUUCCAUGGCAGCGCCAAGAAAUUACGGGAAAAACAGAUGGUGGCCGUGUUAAAUUUACAAUCAAUGAUUCGAGUGAGUCGACACCGUGCGGAAGUCCAACGAAACGAAAUCGACGUCCAGUAUCAUUAGUUCAAUCCGAUUCAAAGAUGUUGCCUGCAAUCACCGAACAAACCGAAUUGGCAUCGUUCAAUAACCUAAGCAGCUUGAGUCCAUGCUUUUAUGCAAACGAUAAAUCGCAAUCGAAUGCCGAAAAAAAUCAUUCACAGACCAACGGAAACUACAAAAUCGAUGCAAAGAUUGUUGCAAAGGCCGAAAAAUUGUUGGGCAAAAAUCGAAGCUUGGACAACAUCGAUUUGACCAUUACCAGUUUAAACUUUAUCGACGAACAUCAUCAACAACAGAAUGGACAUGGAUUGUGUACAGGAAUUCAAUCUCAGCCUCUACAAAGCUACUUUGACAAUCAAUUAAACGUUCAAUUUUCUUCAAAUUCCAAACAAAGCGAUGAUAUCGGGUCCACGGUAACAACGAAUAUGUGUAAUGAAGUUGUCAUUCCCAUAUCGAAUACGACGGUGUUUUCGGGAAAAAUUCUGCCAGCGGAUAACAAUAUUGUGAGCAAUAACAACAAUGAACUUCAGACAAAAGGGGGAGAAAAAAAUGCUAUUGUGAACACUGAACACCUCGAAGCAAGCACUUUAUCGCCAAAUUCAAGCAAAGUUCCAUUGAUAUCAUCAAAGACCGAUGAAGUGACCAAAGUAGAUGACCCAGAAGAUGUUUCCAAACUAUUUUCAUUUUUACAAAUUUUGACAGCAACAUUUGGUAGUUUUGCACAUGGUGGCAACGAUGUAUGCAACGCAAUCGGACCAUUAAUUGCUUUGUGGAUGAUUUACAAGGAAGGAACUGUUAAACAAGAAUCAGAAACACCAUUGUCAUUGCUUCUAUUCGGCGGCGUUGGCAUUUCGGUUGGUCUAUGGAUUUGGGGUCGGCGAGUUAUCGAAACGGUUGGAAAUGAUUUGACAAAAAUUACACCAUCAACAGGCUUCACAAUUGAAAUCGGUUCGGCUUUCACCGUUCUUUUCGCUAGUAAGAUUGGCAUACCAAUAUCUACAACACACUGCAAAGUUGGUUCGGUCAUUUUUGUUGGCUACGCUAGUGCUCCAUCAUACACUGAUGAGGAUAAAGCAGCCGGCCUACCACCGCCGAAACCAAUCGAUUGGGGUCUAUUUCGUAAUAUUAUAUAUGCAUGGGUUGUUACGGUGCCAAUUGCAGCACUUUUGAGUGCCAUUUUUAUGUUUACGUUGAGAAAAUUGGUACUUUAGGAAGUGACGUUGAAAUUUCAUAACACACGUUAGACUUUCAUUUAACGCUGAUCCAAUGCUAAAUAGUCCGCUGAAUAUAUUUGUAACUCAAUAUUAGAUAUAAUAUACUACAAAACAAAAAUUUAUAAGAAAACAUUUCGGGGAAUGAGUCAUCACAAAAAAAAAAAAUAAAGAAGAAAUGAAAUUUAUAAAUUCUAAGCUCUGAACAGAUAUUUUCACACAUAAACUGCUAUUUCGAAAAGCAAAACCAAAUAAAUAAGAAAUAGAUUAUAACUACUACAUUUUUGGACACAAGCAAAUUCUGUCUUAGUUUUAUAUUCAAGUUUUGUCGAUCUUCAGUUUUUGAGAAAUUGUAUAAUUACAUAAUUUAUCUGAUUGUCUUAAUAAGAUAUGUUUAUUUCCCUCCUUUUUUUGUUACAUUAAAAACUAAUUAAAUAAAUUCAAAGAAUGCCACAAUUGGAUAAGAUUUCGUAAAUGUAACAUUUCAACAGAAAUAAUUUUUUAAAUGUUCAUUGCUCUUAACUUGUGUAAAUUUUUUGAACAAUGGUCUAUUUUUGUGUUCGAAAAGAGAGUACAUAAAGCCUGUUGAACAGUUAAAUGUGAAACUAAAGUUACUUUACUUUCAUGUUGGCACUUUCAUCUCAACAUCACAUUUUCUUUGUGCCUUUAGUUGCUGUUCUUAUUCUCUUUUCGAUCCAAUCAAUAUGUUUAUAUGAUACUGUUGUCAAUUCACUGUGAAAAUAGAAAAUAAAUUUACAAAACAAAUGCCAUGAAUUAUUGCAUAAAAGAGCGUAAAGACCUAAAA